AAAUGGCAAACGACUUAGCUAUUCAAAUGGAUACAGUAGUUAAUUUAAAAUUAUAAAAAAAUAGUUUUAUAUAAUAUAGUCUUGUCAAAAUAUUAGAUGUUAUUUUAAAAAUUCUAAGACCAGUGGGCGAUAGCGCUACACCGGGCAAGCGGUUUCAAAGCUGUGUUUAAAUGCAAUGUGCAUGCGUAGUCUCAGCUGGUAAUCAGAAGGUUACGCAAAGAACCACAUUAGAGUCAUUAGUUUAUUAGGAAAUAACAGAGUUAGCUUACGACUACAAAAGAACUGCACCUUCAUUAUCCCAGUAGAAGUUGUACAGCCCUAACUUACUUACAAAACAAGUCUAAUUGAACUUCUUUUUAUGCUAUUUUAUAAUAAAAUUGUUAAUAAUAUAGCCUCGAAUUGCUGCCAUUGUUAAUAUGAACAUAAACAUGACAACUCCUGUAUCUGAAAAGCACAGAUUACAUCUUCGCCGUUUCCUCCCUACAAUAUUUUUGCUUUCUGCAACUUUGCUCAUUGGCAGUGCAUUUGUGAUCACAGAUUACAAAGAGAAGUUCUCAGAAUUAGUAUCAACUAAGGCUGUGAAGGAUGAAAGAUCGAAGCUUUGCGAGACUCAAAACAAGCCUCGUGGCAGCGACACACUCCCUGGAGGAAUCAUUUCAGCAACAUCUGACCUGCAAAUGCGACCCUUAUGGGGUCAUCAGCAAAAGAACUCAAAGAAACCUAGUAACUUGCUGGCCAUGGCUGUCGGAAUAAAGCAGAAAGACAACGUUAACAAAAUUGUCAAGAAGUUUCUUUCGAGUGAUUUUGCUGUAAUGUUUUUUCAUUACGAUGAAGUUGUGGAUGAAUGGAAAGAUUUCGAAUGGAAUCGUCAUGUCAUACACAUUGCUGCUGCCAGUCAAACCAAAUGGUGGUUUGCCAAGCGAUUUUUACACCCAGAUAUUGUUUCUGAAUAUGCUUAUAUAUUCUUGUGGGAUGAAGAUAUUGGAGUUGACUACUUCAAUCCUGGAAGGUAUCUUUCAAUUAUCAAACCAGAAGGACUUGAAAUAUCACAACCAGCACUUGAUCCUAACAAGUCUGAGGUUCAUCAUCACCUGACAAAGAGACGCACAGGAUCAAGAGUGCACAGGUUUCUCUAUUACCCAGAACAGAAACAUGUUUCUGACAUUCAGACAUUGGAAUCAUAUUCUCAAAUUUGUUUUAUCUUCGUUUCUUUUAACGUUGGCAGGAGGAUAGAUAGAAAGAUUGGUGGGACAAGGUGUGAUAAAAAUGUCACAGGCCCUCCAUGCUCAGGGUUUGUAGAAAUGAUGGCCCCUGUUUUCUCAAAAGCAUCCUGGCGCUGUGCCUGGUAUAUGAUUCAGAAUGACUUGAUUCAAGGGUGGGGCGUAGAUUUCCAGCUGGGUUACUGUGCACAGGGUGAUCGGACAAAGAACAUCGGCAUUGUCGAUUCUGAGUACAUAAUUCACUUUGGUCUUCCAACACUUGGAGGUUCUGCAGAAAAUAAGACACAGCCAUCGUCGAAGCAGUCUCAUGACAGACAAACGGUCAAGCACUGGUCAUUUAUUGAGCUAGAGAUGUUCAAAAAUAGGUGGAGAAAAGCUGCUAGCGAUGAUCAUUGUUGGAGUGAUCCUUAUAGAAGCUAGUUGCUUUUGUGGAGAUUCAAUGGCUUUUUAAACACGCUAAGGCUUUGUUCAGAAAAUAUAUACAUGCUAUUGACAAGCUCUUAUCAAUAUAGAUGCUCAUGAUAUCUUGUUAAUUGUUAAUGAUUGAAAUUCAUGCUCA